AUGAUUCAAGAAGAGUCUUUCACCAAAGAAUCAGUUAGAGGUUUGAAGACCCUCAGUGUCUUUAGAGAUGAGGAGAAUAUUUCAAGGAUUAAAACAAAAUUAACUGAGAAGGACGACUUUCGAAAUUUUAGAUACCCCAUUCUUCUUCCUGGAAAACAUGGGUUAGUAGAGCUUCUUGUCAGAGAAGCUCAUAUGGAAAACUCUCAUGCUGGAGUACAGAUUCUAUUAUCAAAAUUGCGAGAAAAUUGCUGGAUUAUAAAUGGAAGAAGAACCGUUCGUAGAGAAAUUAACAAAUGCUUAAGAUGCAAGAGAUACAAUUCCAAGAACAUACAGACUCAACCUAUCGGUUUGCCUCAGUGCAGAGUAGAAGAAUCAGCUGCAUUCGAACGAGCAAUACACCUUGAACUGACACUGUCACUUGAUACUAGAUCCUUCCUCCUCUGCCUUCGGCGGUUCAUAGCCAGACGAGGCGGACCAAAGGAUAUUUACAGUGAUAAUGGCACCAACUUUGUAGGCGCUGAAAAUUUGCUACAAAAACUGGAUUGGGAUGUGAUCGAAAGAUAA